GCACCAGCCAAGAGAUGGGGACGCCAGAGGAGAAUGGGGGAAGGUGGUGCUUGUGCUGUGUUGGGGAAUGUUUUGGUGGUGAACAAGUGUAAGAAUUACCGCGUUAGGUGCUUGCUUGGUGGACUGGCAGAAGCCGUCCUUCUACUGCUGGUGCUAAAGCAUUGUGAACUGAACUCUGACGCACGGUGCCCAGUGGAUUUGCGAGUUUUAUUGUUUUGAAAGCUAUUCUUGGUACCUGGCGAUAGUGACAGAUCUGGUGCAGGCCCCGAAGCGCGACCCGUUGCCGGUCCAGUAGUCUAAUACGUGUAUGAGGGACUGGUGAGAAUGGUGGAGCCGAGAGCGGAACCAGGGCUUGAGCUUCAGACAACCAGCA